AUGGCUCGCGCCUCCUCCGCAAUGUCACACCUCCGCUAUAUAACUAUACCUACAGCACGCUCAUGUUCACCCUCGAGUUGGGACUGCCUGCCCCGGCCCUCCUUGAAGAACAAUGGCAUCCGCUGCCUCUCGACAAGUUCACCAUUCCGCAGCCCAUCUGUGCCCGCUUCUGAGACGCACGUCUUCCACCAUGUAGCACCCCUGCGCGAGUUUCGGCGACAUCUCCUCCUCAACAAGCGCACAGUAGGCCUCGUACCCACUAUGGGUGCUCUCCACGAAGGACAUGUCUCGCUCGUCCGACACGCAGCAGCCGAGAACACGGACGUUUUCGUCACAAUCUACGUAAAUCCCACACAGUUCGGCUUGAACGAGGACCUGGCAUCAUAUCCGAAGACAUGGGAGUCGGACCUACAAAUACUGCAUGACAUAGACAAAGAGCUAGCGAGCGCAGGGCAGGGUCGAGUCACGGCGGUGUUUGCGCCAAAUACUAAGACAAUGUACCCCACACUGCCUCCAGACAGCGCUAUCCCGGGUGUGGGCAGCUUCAUUGAGAUGCGCCCGUUAGGUCAGCUUCUCGAGGGCGCAUCACGGCCUGUCUUUUUCCGUGGUGUAGCAACAGUAUGCAUGAAGUUAUUCAAUAUUUGCACGCCUGACCGCGCCUACUUUGGCCAGAAAGACAUUCAACAGACCUGCGUCAUCAGGCAACUGAUCAAGGACUUUCAUCUGGACAUGGACUUGCGCAUCAUCCCUACCUCGCGAGAACCAGACGGUCUGGCUCUUUCAUCUCGCAAUGUCUAUCUAGGUGCCCGUCGUCGUAAUGUUGGUAUUGUGCUUAACCAAGCACUCCGCAAAGCAGAAGCGCAGUACAAAGCUGGAAAGCGGCUGCGGGGUGAUAUCCUCUGGCCUGCAGUGGAUCACGGCGACAAGACAGUGCUCGAACAAGAUACUCUGGAACCGAGCAAGCGCGCAAAGUUCCAAAUCGAUUAUCUCAGCCUUGCCGAUCCGGACACAAUGGAAGAAGUCGAUCACGUCGAUGAGACAAGGGGCGCGAUCCUCAGUGGUGCAGUGAAGAUGCUGCCGGUAGAGGAGCCACAAGAGGGUGAAGAGCUGGGUGUUGGAGGUGGUCAGAUUCCUGUGCGUUUGAUUGAUAACAUUGUCUUAGAUCCAAUCAAAUAA